CUCUUCCCGGCUCUAGCGCGGCCACCAGGUCCGGCCUCGCCUCCCCCUCCCAGAACCCCCUUCCCAAGAGUGAAGGCCACCCGAAGGCCCCUCUACUGCCUCCCCAGUCCAGCUGCACAGCCAGAACAACAGCCCCGGGGGGAGUCCCUUUCCAGCCUGCCUCCCUCCGGCUCAGCCCUGCCAGAGCACCCCCAGCCAUGAAUCUCUUCCGAUUCCUGGGAGACCUCUCCCACCUCCUAGCCAUCAUCUUGCUACUGCUUAAAAUCUGGAAGUCCCGCUCGUGUGCCGGGAUUUCAGGGAAGAGCCAGGUCCUGUUUGCUGUGGUGUUCACCGCUCGCUACCUGGACCUCUUCACCAACUACAUCUCACUCUACAACACAUGCAUGAAGGUGGUCUACAUAGCCUGCUCCUUCACCACAGUCUGGAUGAUUUACAGCAAGUUCAAAGCCACUUAUGAUGGGAACCAUGACACGUUCCGGGUGGAGUUCCUCGUUGUUCCCACGGCUAUCCUGGCGUUCCUUGUCAACCAUGACUUCACCCCUCUAGAGAUCCUCUGGACCUUCUCCAUCUACCUGGAGUCAGUGGCCAUAUUGCCACAGCUGUUCAUGGUGAGCAAGACUGGCGAGGCAGAGACCAUCACCAGCCAUUACUUGUUUGCGCUGGGCGUCUACCGAACGCUCUAUCUCUUCAAUUGGAUCUGGCGCUACCACUUUGAGGGCUUCUUUGACCUUAUCGCCAUCGUGGCAGGCCUGGUCCAGACAGUCCUCUACUGCGAUUUCUUCUACCUCUACAUCACCAAAGUCCUAAAGGGGAAGAAGUUGAGUUUGCCGGCAUAGCCCCAGUCCUGGCCAUCCUUCUCCUCUGCAGCAGCGGGAGGCAGAGGAAGGCAACAAGAGACGAAGAGCCUUCCCAUCCAGGGGUGACUUUUUUAAGAGCUAACCUUUCCCUGCUCCCCAUCCCUCCUCCUGCUGGGUUUCGGGGGGGCGGUGGAGGACUAAAGUCUUGGGGAGCUCAGGAUCUGGGCUGUUUGUAAUUUUUUGCCUUAUAGAGAAGAAAAAAAAAACCUUUCCACUAUUUAGUUUUUGAUUCUGAUGACUCCUUUCUUUUCUACUCUCUGGCUCCAAUUUUUACAGACUGUUUUCAAGUGUCCUAUGAGCUGCGGCUGGUUCGAAGAUAUUUUCCCUUUUCCAAGCCCCUUGGCUCCCUUUCAUAUCCCACCCCCAGCCCCACUGGUUGCCAAACACUAAAUCUGACACCUACCUGUCCUACCUCCCACCGUGGUCAUGAACACAGAACCCUCUCUCCGCCCCCCCAAAAAGUGAGGAAGGGAGGCCCAGGAAGGUCUCCCUUGGUUUUUCAUAUUUUUUUCCGCAGAGUUUGGGUUUGGUCUUGUGUUUGUUUUUUGGCAAAUUAGGAGGGCUAUGGGCUUGGGGCUCAAGUGUAGAAAGCGGGCUGGCCUGAGGGUCACCGUGGCUUUAACACCAUGUUUUUGUACAGAACCAGUGGUUGGUUCUUUGUUCUCUUGAAAUAAACAGAGGAAAAUGAUACCUCUCUUUUGCUACUA